AUGGCCACCGAACUUACCGUCCAGUCCGAGAGGGCUUUCCAGAAGCAGCCUCACAUCUUCCUCAACUCCAAGACCAAGGUCAAGUCCGCGCGGCCGGGCAAGGGCGGUCGCCGCUACUACAAGGAUGUUGGUCUGGGCUUCAGGACGCCCAAGACUGCCAUCGAGGGCCAGUACAUCGACAAGAAGUGCCCUUUCACCGGUCUCGUCUCUAUCCGUGGCCGUAUCCUGAACGGCACCGUCAUCAGCACCAAGAUGCACCGUACCCUCGUCAUCCGCAGGGAGUACCUUCACUUCAUCCCCAAGUACGCCCGUUACGAGAAGCGCCACAAGAACCUCGCCGCUCACGUCUCCCCGGCUUUCCGUGUCGAGGAGGGCGACCACGUUACCGUCGGCCAGUGCAGGCCUCUCAGCAAGACUGUCCGAUUCAACGUUCUGAAGGUUCAGCCGCGGUCUGACAAGGCCGUCAAGUCUUUUGCCAAGUUCUAA